UUUGCACCUCUUUGACAUAUCUGGCAGCGAUGACUGCGCAUGCGUUGUUCUACAGGCAUCCCACAUGACGCCUGUUUACAACACGCCGUUAUGCUUUGAUGUAGUUGUCUGAAGUCAGCUAAUGGGCCUGUUGGGAGUCUGAGUCACUGAGUUUUAAUAGAAUGAGACGCGCCGACAAGAAGGACGAACCUGCAGUUUACCAACGGGUGGUGUUGAAGAACGCCUCGCCGUACCACUACUUGAAGGUCUGCCUUGUCCUGGAGGAUGACUCUACCAGACUGAGUGCAGUUGAACUGAAGCAGUUCAUCGUCACAGGCCUGAACAGCCUGUACGGAGAGGUGGGUGCAGCGUUGACCUUUGACCUGUUGAAGUACGACGAAGACACCCUCACUGCUCUUCUGCGUGUUUACAGCAGGGGUUUGGUGAAGCUGUGGAGCUCCCUGACUCUGCUGGGCUCCUACCAGAACCAGGCCUGUGCCUUCAGAGUGCUACAGGUUUCACCGUUCCUGCUCGCGCUGACGGGAAACAGUCGAGAGCUGCAGCUGGACUGAAGGAGGAUGAGAAUCUUCAGGACGAGUCUGACGUGGAGCGGCAUCUUGAAUCAACGGCGGCCGUGCCUGCCUCCUCCCU